CCGCUUCAGCACCACCACCACCCAUUUCAACCACCUCAAAACCUCUACACACCGCCUUUCCCGAUGAGGCGGCCGAGUUCAGUCCCCCGUUCGCCUCACCAAGACCCAUCGGCUCUUUUUACCCGUUUUCUAAUUCCGGUCGGGGGUUUCCGACCCGACCAGGAAGACCCAGUUCCUCUUCCGUGCGGGUGAUCCGGGUGGGCACCCUCUUCGUCAGGUUUUCGAUCAUCGCCAAUCUUGGUCGAAUCAUUUGGACCCGAUGAUGCGGUUCAUGAGAGCUGCGCACGCCCAGAUGCACCAGUUUCCUCAUAUCGGGUCGGAGGAUCCUGUUGGGUCGGCUCCCUUGAGGCGAAUUCCUCACUUCUUGCAGCCCAUGGUUUCCCCGCCUCCAUCUUCAAUUCUUGACAAUAGUGGCCAUAAAUAUGCAAGAUGCCGGGAUGAAGCUUUUGUGCUUGUUAGAGGCAGAAAGGUUAGGAUAACAGAUGGGGCUUCUCUAUACUCGGUUUGUCGGUCGUGGUUGAGAAAUGGAGUUAACGAAGGAAUCCAGCAAAGCAGUGAUACAUUUCAGCCUUUGCCAAAGCUAUUACCUGUGGUUAUGGUGGAGACAAGCCUGCCAAAGGAUCCAAAUGAAGAACCAAACGAGGAAGAUGAGAAGGAAGAGGAAGCUGCUGUGAAGCAAUUAUCGGAGAAGGAUCUUUUGGAAAGGCAUGUCGGCCGAGCUAAGAAGGUCCGUGCCCGAUUAAGAGAAGAACGGACAAGGAGAAUCGCGGGGUACAAAGCAAGAGUGGCUCUUCUUCUUCCACCUGCCGGAGAUCAAUGCAACAACGAUUGGGAGGGAAUUCUUUGCAGCUCUUCUUAGUAUAUCACUCAUCGUACAGAGUUAUAUGUGUGUCACUUGUAGGUUACAAAUAGUAAUAAAACACGUUUUCUCUCUCUCUCUUGAAUAUAACAAACCCAGAUUCUGUGAAAUAUUGAGAUCAAUC